AUGAUACCAAAUGAACACAGUCGAGUAAUUUUACCCAAUUAUGAAGGAGAUUCACUUUCCUCUUAUAUUAAUGCCAACUAUAUACGGGGCUAUGAAGUUGAAGCAUGUGCUUAUAUUGCCACCCAAGGUCCAAUGGCACAUACCAUUGUGGACUUUUGGAGAAUGGUAUGGCACGAGAAAUCUCCAAUUAUUGUCAUGAUAACAAAACUGAAAGAGAAAAACCAGAGUAAGUGUGAAAACUAUCUUCCUGAAAAGAUUGGCGGUUAUGGGGAUAUUGAAGUGACAGUAGACAAAGUGGCCCAACGACCAGGAUACCUAAUGCAUUUCUUGACACUGAGAUGUAAGGGAGAGGCCCAUAAAGUUGUCCACUAUUGGUAUACAGCCUGGCCUGACCAUAAACCCCCAGAUUCACCAAAGAUGAUCUUAGACUUAGUAAGGGAAGUAGAAUUGAGGCGUUACAAAGAUGACGGGGUUACUCCCAAAGGACCUAUCACUGUGCAUUGCAGUGCUGGUAUUGGACGAACUGGCUGUUUUAUUGCUAUCAGUAUUGGAAUCCGACAAUUGCGGGAAGAACACUCAGUCGAUGUGUUAGGCAUUGUAUGUAGCAUGAGAAUGGACAGAGGUGGAAUGAUACAAACACAUGAGCAGUAUGAAUUCAUUCAUCAGGCACUUUGUGAAUAUGAGAAAAUGUUAGAUGCUGGAGGAGAUUGA